GCGUGGCUCCAAUCUGUCGCUGCUAUUGGACGUAAGCACUUUGGGGGCGGAGACUGUUUGUUCAGUCUCCACCCCUAAGGAGGUGUGGCUUCAGUUGUUACACACCUCCUCUCGCCCGUUGACACACGCCCAGCUACAGGAAGCUGCGACGGACACAAACACGCUGAACGCAGAGUAUCAGAAAAUCCCUCCGAACUUUGUGAACCCUGCAGAACUGGACAUUCCUGGACACACCAUGAAAGACAGAUAUAAAACCAUCCUCCCCAACCCGGAGAGUCGGGUGAUCCUGCAGAACCCAGAGGAAGAAUCAGAACCGAACCGCUACAUCAACGCCAACUACAUCAGGGGCUACAAAGGGGCUCCGAGGGCCUACAUCGCCACCCAGGGGCCGAUGCUGCACACGGUCGGGGACUUCUGGGACAUGGUGUGGCAGGAGAGGAGCAGCAUCAUCGUCAUGGUUACCAGGCUGAAGGAGAACAACGAGAAAUGUGAGUCGUACUGGCCUCAGCCGAGGGACAGAACCAAGCAGGUGAAGGACCAAGAUGAGGAAGAGGAGGAGGAUGAAGGAGAGGCGAGUCGAUUCGGCCGAUUCCUGCUGAGAGUCAGAGACAGUCAGAAGAAAGACGGAUUCAUCAUCACUGACCUGGAGAUCCAGCUGCUAUCGGAGUGUCGGUCCAUCAGACACUACUGGUUCAGCUCUUGGCCCGACCACCACAUCCCAGAAUGCAUUGCUUCCCUGCUCAGGCUGGUGGAGGAGGUGGAGGCGUACAGUAAAUCACUCACCGGCUCUGAACCAAUCACAGAGCAGGCCUCUGGUCCAGGACCGGUUAUCGUCCACUGCAGCGCUGGGAUCGGCAGGACCGGCUGUUUCAUAGCCAGCAGCCUCGGCUGCAGGCAGCUCAGAGACACGGGUCAGGCUGACGUCCUGGAGACGGUGUGUCAGCUCCGACUGGACAGAGGCGGGAUGAUUCAGACCACGGAGCAGUACCAGUUCCUGUACUCCACGCUGGCCCAGUACAGCCAGCAGCUGCAGCAGAACCAGGAGCAGAACCAGACCCAGCCUGCCACACAACCAGAGAACCAGCAGAACCCAGAGGACCGGGUCAGUUUACAGCUGCAGAACCUGCAGUUAUAGAACAGAACCCACCGGAGAACCAGCAGCGUCUCUACAGAACCCAGGUGGAGGAGCAGAACCAGAACAGGAUGUUCUMUUCGGACUCUACAGAAACAAAGACUGGAGUGAAAAUCUCAGAAAACUGAAGGUCCAAUCACAGAAACCAGAUUAAAAAAGAACCAUUUUCAGGAA